UUCCUGUGCGGAGGGGCUGGGUUGUUGUUUUCGCCUCCGCAUUUUCGAAAGCUCAGUUUCGUCCAAAAAAACGUGAAAAACGGCGGAAGUUAUGCAACAGAUGCACACUUUAUCGCAGCAGGCGCAGCAGGUGGCUGCAGCUGCAGCUGCGGGUCAGCAGGUGGACCGAGACAAGAUCUACCAGUGGAUCGUGGAGCUGUCCAACCCAGAGACUAGGGAGAAUGCGCUCCUAGAGCUCAGUAAGAAACGCGAGGUUGUGUCAGACCUGGCUCCCAUGCUGUGGCACUCCUUCGGUACGGUAGCAGCUCUGCUACAAGAGAUAGUCAACAUCUACCCCGCCAUCAACCCUCCUCAUCUCACUGCCCACCAGUCCAACAGGGUAUGUAAUGCCCUGGCACUGCUACAGUGUGUGGCCUCACAUCCAGAAACAAGAUCAGCUUUCUUGGCAGCUCAUAUCCCCCUGUUCCUAUACCCCUUCCUCCACACUGUAAGCAAGACACGACCAUUCGAGUAUCUUCGACUGACCAGUCUGGGGGUCAUCGGUGCCUUAGUCAAGACAGAUGAACAGGAGGUGAUCAACUUCCUGUUGACAACAGAGAUCAUUCCACUGUGUCUGCGCAUCAUGGAGUCAGGCAGCGAGCUCUCUAAAACUGUUGCAACGUUUAUCCUGCAGAAGAUCCUGCUGGAUGAGACAGGCUUGUCGUACAUCUGUCAGACUUACGAGAGGUUCUCCCAUGUAGCCAUGAUAUUGGGUAAGAUGGUGCUCCAGCUGUCCAAAGAGCCCUCCGCCCGUCUCCUGAAACACGUGGUGCGCUGCUACCUCAGACUGUCCGACAACCCCAGAGCCCGUGAGGCGCUGCGGCAAUGCCUACCCGACCAGCUGAAGGACACGACCUUCGCUGCUGUCCUCAAGGACGACAACUCCACCAAACGCUGGCUGGCUCAGCUCGUGAAGAACCUGCAGGAAGCCCCCACCCCCACAGGCAUCCCCCUACCCCCUCAGUAGUCCUCUGACCGCCCACCCCCAUCUUGUGCCAUAG